GUCCUCGCUCCUUUCUCCGAACGCCUGUCUGCGGUGGAACCCGCGUGUUUACACUCUCACAGAUGAAGGAGUUCAUAAUGAACCAGGAGAAACUCGCCAAACUGCAGGCGCAGGUCCGCAUUGGCGGCAAGGGGUCGGCCCGUAGGAAGAAGAAGGUUGUGCACAGAACAGCUACAGCAGACGACAAGAAGCUGCAGUUCUCCCUCAAGAAACUAGGAGUCAACAACAUCUCUGGCAUCGAGGAGGUGAAUAUGUUCACAAACCAGGGGACGGUGAUCCACUUCAACAACCCAAAGGUUCAGGCCUCCUUGGCGGCCAACACCUUCACGAUCACAGGGCAUGCUGAGAACAAGCAGCUCACAGAGAUGCUCCCAGCAAUCCUCAACCAGAUGGGAGCUGACAGUCUCACCAGCCUCAGGAGAUUAGCAGAGACCCUUCCCAAACCAGGUGGAGAGAACAAAGCCCCCAUGGUUGCUGCUGAGGAGGAGGACGAGGAUGAUGAGGUUCCAGAUCUUGUUGAAAACUUUGACGAGGCUUCAAAGAACGAGGCAGACUAACAAACACCAGUGAACAUUUCAAAGCUCCUCUUUACUCAUUACACUUUGACACGGCAGCAUUUCCCCCUCUCUUAUUCCCCUGUGGCUACAAGCAAAACACGCAUUUUAAUUGUAACAUUGACAAUUGGGAUAAAUCAAGUAAAAUUUACUUUUUAGGGCAACUGUUACUGAUCAUUUUCCUCAUUUUGCAGUACAAGCGAUAUUUAAAUUCAGUGGAAUGUGCAAACCUUUUUCUUUCUCACACUGCCUCUCCGACGCCAUGAUGCCCACACAUCAUAAAUGUAUUGUUGGAAUAAAUCCUGUAAUAAAGAUUACAUUAAAAUCGA